AUGUCCCCUGAUGUCCUCCCACAUCUUGUGUUUUGCCUCCAAACUCCAACUACCUACAUGUACACAAGAGAAAUGGACGCUUCAGUCAUGCAACAGUCCACCGAGCCUCAUCGCUCAGCAUCGUUGGAGCUGCUGGCGCCCGAGAUACUGCUGCAAAUCGUCACUCAACUGCCCGGCCUCGACACGCUCUGGAAUCUCAUGAGAGCAUCGCCCCAGACAUGGCGCCUAUUUGAUCGAUAUGCUCUGGUUAUCACCGAGGGCAUUCUUUCUGGGCCCAAUUCUGUACUGCCCUCGAGCAUGUCGGAACUUGUAAGAGCAGUCAUCCUCUUACGUUCUGGGGCUCUCCCAUUUCGAGGCAUGCGAGAUGUCCAACUAGGCUUCAUUCGAUGCCAGUUCUGUCGUGUCGAGCAUCCCUUAUUACAGGUUUCAAUCAGCCCAGAAUUACUCGCGACUUCUAGCGUGCCAGUGGCAACCCUUCGAUCAGUCGUUGCAACGGCAUACCAUCUCUCUUCUCUAGCACAGGCAUGCUUGGAAUCGUGCCUGGUGCGAAUAAGAGACCCAAGCUUCAGACCGAUGCACGCUUAUGACCCGCCUGCUCAAUACUUGGGACGCUACAUACACAAUGGCCAGGCAGACGAAGACGUCAAACCCGAGGAUCGCAUUUUUGUUGGCACCCCAGUGCAGGUGGUUGAUGCAGGAGAGCCUAGCUGGAUCGAAGAAAUGCGAGCACUGCGCGCCAUGUGGAUUAUACAGUUUGUCGGUGAAUUGCAGCGCCUAGUUGGAGACAGAUCGGGGACGAUGGGCUGGUCAGAAGAAGACAUAAAGAAGCUCAGCAACACGGAUGCGGUCAACUUGGCGAAUUGUAUCGGCCGUCCAGCAGAAGAGUUGAACACUGCGAUGCUAUAUUUGAAAACCCGCGGGGAUGCCGUGAACAACAUGUACUACCGACUACCCCGAGCGCCUUCAGCUACUACAAGUGCCAGGCGGACAAUGAUUUCUCCAAAGCUAAAUAAAAAUGCACUAAUAGUGUAUGGGUUUCGCCGUGAUAACGAGAUCCAUGCAUUGACAAAAGGUUCUCCUGUGCCUGAAGAUGGUGAACCAGUGCUUAGCAGCCCCUGGCUAUGGGGCCAAGCCGAGCACCACACACUCCAACCAAGUGCUGGUGCGGGCUUCUUCUUCAGACAUCUGACAGCCGGCAGACUAUUGAUGGUCUCACCCCUCAAGGGAGUCAAGUUUGACUCGUUUCGUCCAAUGGGCUUUGCCUUUUGGGAUCGAUGGAGGAUGUAUCUGCUAGGAUUGUUGGGCUCAGAGUCACAAGAAUGGACAGUCAAUGGAAAGGAGUAUUUACCCUACUUUUAUUAUUUCGCCUGGGAAAGCAUUAUGCCUCCUGAAGAGGUUGCCAGUGUAAAGGCUGCUAUUAGGGAGAAAAGACAGCCUAUAGCUCAUCUAAAUCCUAUCGUUGCUUUACCCCAGGGGGAAUAA